AUGCACGAUUCAAAUUUUUCAGAAAUUCCUGAGGACCUAGCAGGACAAGACGAAUUCCCAGAAAUUCCUGAGGACCCAGGACAAGCCGAAUUCCCAGAAUCGGCACCUAAGCCGUAUCAAAUCAGAAACAGCACAGAUCAGACAUAUCACAUUAACAGAAUCAGAAAUCAGAAUUUCAGAUCAUAUCGUAUCAGAAUCAUAAUUGCUUACAGAAUAGUUACGGAAAGAUUGAAACUAAGGGGUGUAGCUGCUUCGACAACAAAGGAAGAAGUGGUGGCGAUUCUGAAAGAUGCAGUGGACGUUGUCAAGAGCUUCUUCGGGGCCCCAAACUUCGACGCUGCCGUUAUAGUCAUUCCUAACAACACGAGUGAAAAAUACCAAGAUGACAUAAUCUCGUACGGGAGGGGCAAUGGCUUCAACAUCACACAAGUCAUCAAAGAACACACCGCCGUUUCUGCCGUCUAUGUCAAGAAGGUUCAACCAAAAAUCUCCACGAACCUCGCCAUCAUUUCUCUAACGGGUGGCAUCCUCGAAAUCAGCGUGGUCUCCAUAGUUCCCCCAAUAAACCAAUAUGAACACUAUCAUUUCGUCCUAGAGGCACACGAAGCUCAUCCUGAGGUGAUCGACUUGGAUGGGUCGAAGGAUCAAAAGGGUAGUAGGAGUGGAAUAAUAGGAAUUAUUGGAGGAACUGCGAAGGCACUCGUUGUGGACCCAUUUGAGAACAUUUUGGCUGGUAUUCUAAAGAAUAUAGUGGAGAUUCUAAACAUCAAGAAGACUGAGGUGGAUAAGGUGGUGUUCGUCGGUAAGGCGUCAAGGUCAGAGAAAGUGAGGAAGGCGGUGAAAGAGAGUUUCAGCAAGGCUGAGGUGUGGGAAGGGAUAGAUAAUCCUGAUGAAAUUGUGGCGUACGGCGCUGCGUAUCUGUCUUAUGAAGAUAAGAAGAUACCGAUUUACCCGUUGAAUACUCCAAAAAUUCCCGAGGACCAAGGACAAGCCGAAUUCCCAUUGUUGGAUCCAGAACAAGCCGAACUCCCAGUGUUGGACCCAGAACAAGCCGAACUCCCAGAGUCGACACCUGGCAGAUGA